AUGGGAGACGCCAGCAAUAUUGACAUUGAACUAGUUAUCAUAGUGAACUGCAUAAAAGAAACAGUACAAGAAGAUGAGCCCAAAGAGGUGCCUCAGGGGUCUACUUCUGAAAGGGCAUCCAUCACAGUGACACCAGAUGCUCCUGAAUUGGAGACAUUAGAGAAUGUGGCUUUGGACAUAGAGGAACCUCCAGAGAUGGUAGAAAGCAUGUUUCCAUGGAAGGACAAUUUCUUUGAAAAAAUUGAAGCAAGAUCCAUGGCCAUGCAGGAUAAUGUAAUCAAUAAGUUUCUCCUGCAAAAGGAGCUAGACAAAAAGAUGGAUAAAAAGUUCCCUUUGGAUGACUUGGCCAAUGAAUGGUUAAGUGAUGACAAAAUGACAUUGGACACAAAAGCAUAUUUGCUCGAGAAGCUGUUGCCUACCCUAAUCCCAGGAGUAGAAAAAAUGUUGAAGGAGGUUGGAAAGAGGAAGCUUUUGGAAUCGAAAAGGAGGAAAAAAUUUAAUCCCAUUAAUUAUCUGGGUGAAUAUCUGAUGAGACACAAUCCCAGAUACCAAAAAGACUUACCAGAAUCUGGUUAUCUGAAAGCAAUGAAAAAUGUCACGAAGGAGAUGAAAACCCAAAUUCCUGACACUCCUUUCAAUAGAGUAUUCAAGAUGAAGACGGAAGUCAAAGAAAAACAAGAGCAAAGAGAAAAUAUUGACAAAAUCAAGUCUCGUGUGAAUAAGAUGCGGAAGGAAGCUCUGGCGAUACAGUUCCAAGAAUGGCUUCGGGAUACCAAUGGAAAGAUUCCACUUCCUGUGAUUCAGAAUGCCGUCCGAGCGUUUCUGGACACUUCAGCAGGCAGGAAAGCUGAGACACUUUACCACCCAUUGGAAUUUGUAGGCUCAAUGAAAGAUAGGAGAGAUGAAGAAGGUUUUAUAGAGGAGAUCUUUCCGUGCAUCAAGGACUUAACGAAUGAAAUGUUCACAGAAUUCCUGAAGCACCUUUGGCAGUGUACAAAUGACUUCUGGGAAAUGGUGAAACGUGACGGAUGGAGACAAAAGUUUUUAAACCUCUUCUUGGCCUGUGACGUUGGAAAGGUGGGGUUCCUGGAUCGGGAGAGGACGUUGACCUUGCUGGAAGACUUCUAUGACAAAAGCCCAAAGAUAGUUAAAAGGCUAUUCCGUAACCCAAGAUAUUGGCCAUUCAUUGAAUUUGAAGACAUAGAACCAGCUGAGUUCUGGGGAGACUUGGAUAGUGAGAGGAGCCCUUUUGAGUCAUUGGAACAAGUAUUCACAGGAGAGAAGAAACCCUUUUUAGCCAUUGAGAAGCAAUUGCUCGAGUAUGGCAUAGAAGAGGCUGAAGAGGAGGAAUCUGAACAGAAAAUCACUAGCUGGCCUACCACUUCUGUGACCUAUGGAGAUGACUCAGAGCCACAAGAAACAAUGAAUGAUGAGGAAGAAGUGGUUCCUGGCAAGAUGAGCUCCUCAGAACAGAAACAGGGUGAGGCGGGUUCCACAGAGGAGUUGCCUCCAGAAUCACAGACUAAGAAGAGACUAAGUCAAGAAGCAAAGCAGGGAGAGCCAUCCACAGAAGAGAGAAAACCAGCUACAGAAGAAGGAGGACCAUCUGCAAAAGAAGGAGAACCAACCAAAGAACAGGAAAGACCUGAAGAGCCAAGUUCAUCCCAGGGUUCGGUAGGAAAGCAGAGAAGCUCCAUAGAAGAGAAGAGAGACUCCAGAACUGAAGCAAGAGAAUCCUCAGAGGGACCAGCAAAGGAGAGUGGGUCAGCAAUAGAACAGAAAAGCUCAACUGCAAGACUGCAAGAACUUGGAGAAGAGCAAGAAGAACCUUCAAAGAGGUCACGAGAACCAUCAAUGUCUGCAGUCGAGCAGGGACAACCACCCACAGAGAAGAAAGCAUCACUAGGAGGGAAAGAAGCCAGUUCCCAGGAAGAAAGCAUCGUACUCCAACAAGGCAGCAGCCAAAAUCUCUUGACGGAUUUUCCAGAGGAAGAGAAAGGCUUGUUUGUUUUUAAAAUCAUACCAAAAGGUAACAAAGACAUAGGCUGUGAGCCCAGGAGCCAGCUAAUAGAUGGGAAGCCAUGGUCAGGCGAGCUCUUAACUUCGGACCUGAGUAAGAAAUAUAUGAAAUAUGGAGAAAACAAACAGGCUUAUUUAGUCUCGGAUGACCCCAGGUUCUCAGAGCUGCAUCCAAUAAUCCGAACAAUUUUGAGCCAGCAAGAGUCAAAGUUGAGGAGCUCGUUCACCCCGAACUACCUCACGGUACCACAGUUCGUGCAGCUCCUGGAGAUGUUUGUGGGGGACGGCGUCCCCUCUGGCAUCUUGAAGAGGCUCAUUAAAUUUUUAAAGAAGAAUUACCUAGAGACACAUGAGGAGAAAAUCAACCACUUGGAGAAGAUUCAUCAAGAGACCAUGAAAAUGCGAAGGAAGCUACUCCUGGAUGCUCUCUUUCAGAAAUGGGAUAACGAAGGCUCUGGCUUCCUGGACCUGAACGAGAUCGACAAACUUCUGUUUACCUACAAGGAAGGCAUGGAGAAAGUAUCGAUGAUGAAAGCAAAGCUGUACAUAAAGCUGCCAAGGCCCCACCCUGGCGAAGAAGUGAGGUUAAACGUACAGCAGUUUGGGAACUACAUCGAGCUGGUGGCGGCCGAACUCACUGGGAACGAGAGAGAAGUCUUCGACAACCUGGUGGAAUUUCUGAUGUUGAGCUUGAGGCGGACCCACACGGAGCAGCUCCGGAAUACGGCCCGGCGAAAGUGGCUGCGGCGGAUCCAGCGAGCGGCCGAAACCAGCGGGGUCUGCCUGGAGCCCGUCUACACCGCGGUCUUCAAGGCGCUGACUGAGGAUGCUGAAAUCCACAGCAACAAGAAGAAGAUUAGCGCCCACAUUUCCCUUUUGGAAGAGAACAAAACCAUGCCAAAGAGAGGAAAAGUCCUCCUGAGGAUUGUGGCUUGCACCAUAGAAGAUGCUCCGUUUGUCCUCAAGCAGGUGCUUUACCGGGACAUGCCAGGAAUCAGUUUUACAGUGGUGGACCAGGGACAGCCAAUCCAUGUCCCACAAGUUGAGAAGCAUGGAAAUAUCCACUUCUGGAACACUUCCCGUCAAGAAAAGGAUCACAGAGGGUCAUUCCUGGCUAUCCCUCUUGAGGAUGCUCAUAAGAGAGUCUUUGGGGUCCUGGGAAUAGACACCCUACGGGAUACCUCCAGAAAGAGCAUCUUCACAACUCAUGAGAUCAGCUUCUAUCAGGGUGUUGCCAAUGCAUUUAGUAUUGCCUACCACUAUGUCCACAGCCAGGAACACAUCUUACAUGUGAUAGCAACUGGUGCUGGCUGGCUCUGCACAGUAACACCUGGUAUCAAGAACAUCACCACCUUCCUGGUGGAACCUGGACCAGACCAGGAUUCAGAUUACAUUCUGCGAAAAAUUAUGUACUUAGACAAUAAAAGACGUAUGGAAAUCUUCUCCUCUCCUGCCAUCCUCCACAGAAAGGAGAAUCUAUUCAGAGACUAUAUCUUCAGAAGCACAGAUACCUCUGAGGUUAUUUUCACCUAUGCCCUUGGGACCCAUCACAUAAUUGUUCCAAUUCGAGACACAAAGGGCCAGGCACUGGGGUUGCUUGAUUUCAGCACUGCACAGCGGAAGAUGUUGCCAAUUCAGGAGUACAAAGAUCUACAGAAAAUGUUGAAGAUAGUCCAAAAAGCCUGCAAUGAAAUACUAGGCGAAUGCUCAGGAGAAAUCCAGAAAAAACAUAUCCUAGAGAUGGAGCACAAAGGAGAAGUACAAAGGGCUGGGAUCCUCUUCUUCCGCAUCAUGCUGAAAGAGGUCCAGGGGCGGAUCCGAGAGCUCAAUCCUCAGGCCUUUAAAGAUCUGAAACAUUAUUAUGAUCAAUUUUUGUCUAUGACACAUGCCUCACCAUCCUUCGAAAAGAGUCACCACAGGCCUUCUACCUUGGUCCAUGACCUCAUAAAAGCAACAGUGUUGAUCCUGCAUCCGGAGUGGGAGAAUACAGAGACUGUUGAGGUCUGGGAUCAAUGUAAAGAGCACAUCACCAGUGAAUUGAUUGAGAUGCUUUGCUUCUUUGAUCCCACUGCAGAAAAUGUCAAAGUCCAUCCAGAUCUCAUUUCUAAAUAUAUCAGAGGGCAUUCCCGAAAAAUCGUGUGGGUCCAGCAAUCCGUUGCCAUCGAAUACUUGUACCACUGGGCACUUACCUGUCUGUGUCUGAUUGAGCUGAAACACGAACUGGAGAACAAAUACACCCCUCCUCUGCCCCCAGGGAAGAGCCGGCGGGGAGAAAGAAGGAGCCAGCGGCGGGUGUCGGUGUGGAAUCUGCGGGCGUCUGGGUGUGGAAUCUGCGGGCGUCUGGGUGUGGAAUCUGCGGGCGUCGGCGUUGACGUCGCCGCUAGCUUUACUCUCCCGCGGCGGCGUCGAGCGUAG